UUUCCCCACCAGAGCUCGACAGAACACCGCUCGCCACCGCCUUCGCCUUCGCCCCUGCUCUCGCAGCCUCGGGCUCGUGCUCGCAGAGGCAAACCCAACCCUGACAGCGACACCCGCCCUUCGCCGUCCGCGAGAUGAUCCCCUUCAAUUCCGCCGUCGCCGACGAGGUCCGCUCCCUCGUCCAGGGCGCCGACGACUCUACCGUCGACUCCAUCUACCGCGAGCUCUGCCAGUUAGCUGACUGCAGUCCUGAUGGUUGCAUUUUACUGCUUCAAGUUUGUUUGGAUGAGGUGCUGCUGAAUGCCGGGGUGGCAAAAAACUCUCAAUCGAAACAAGAUCUUUUAUCCACCGUUUUCAGAUAUUGUCUGGAUAAACCAUACUUCAGCACCUGUUUUUGUGAAGCACUGAGGACUUUAUCUGUCAGUGAUGUUUUCCUUGAAACGUUGUCAAAUGAACUUGAUCUAUCGAGAGCUGAGAGGGUUGGCAUUGGACUUGCCCUGUCAGAUUCCGAGAAUAUAGGCUUGAAUCUGAAAGGCCAAAGAUUUUCAAUUGCUCAGAUCGAGGAGUUACGUAACAAUCCUGCACAGUCUAUAUCGAAUGACCAAAUUCAUGAUAUUGUUGUGUUUCUUCACCAGACUGAUGGCCUCUCGAAGCAUAUGGAUUCUUUUACUAACAUUAUCUCCCUAUUCAAAGUCAAAGAGAUGCCAUUCCAUGUCCCUGUCCUUGUUCAGGAGAGCAAUGCUCGGCCAGCUUCAAGCCACAUGGAGAACAUCGGCAGCUUUGAUGAUGAUUUUGAUUCCCUUUUAUCUGAAAUCGGGAAGGAGAUAAGCAUGGCUGACAUCAUUACUGAAUUGGGUUAUGGAUGUACUGCUGAUAUUGCACAUUGUAAAGAUACAUUAUCACUUUUUGAGCCUCUCGAUGAUUUGGGAAUAUCUAAGUUGCUUGGGGCUGUUGUCACUACUGCCACUGGUCUUGGUGAGGCUCAGAACACAUAUUCAACAUUCAUUUCGGCUUUUGGCAACAGCCAAACAAAUGACUCAUUUCAGUCAACGGCAUGGGAUAUCGAUGUUCUCGUGGACUCAAUCAAUGAAAUUGCCCCACGAACAAAUUGGACCAGUGUAAUGGAAAGCCUGGACCACGAGGGUUUCAGUAUCCCUGAUGAAGGGGCUUUCCGUCUAUUGAUGUCUAUAUAUUCUCGGGCUUGCAAGGAUCCAUUUCCGCUUCAUGCCAUCUGUGGGUCACUGUGGAAGAAUUUAGACGGGCAAUUAUCAUUCUUGAAACAUGCAGUGGCUGCCCCAGCAGAUACAUUUACAUUUAAACAUUCUUCCAGGAAGCUGGUAUUUCCAGACUUGGCUAGUCAUAUCCAAGGCAAUCAGGCUUGGUACUGCCUAGACCUUUUGGAGGUGUUAUGCCAGCUUGCUGACCUUGGCUAUGCAACAUUAGUGCGACCACUGCUGGACUACCCACUCAGUCAUUGUCCAGACGUCUUACUUCUUGGUGUUAGCCAAAUCAAUACUGCAUAUAAUCUCCUCCAGUAUGAAGUAUUGUCAUGUGUAUUCCCUGCUUUAUUGAAGGACACUAAAAAUAGCAGUCUAAUGAACUAUCUCUGGCAUCUCAACUCUUCCCUUACUCUCCGAGGAUUUGUUGAUGCCCAUUCUGAUAUAAUUUGUCUUUUGAGAACUGUUGAUAUAUGUCAAGACCUAAAGAUCCUAUCCGCUGUCCUUGAUUCCACUCCCUUAGCAUUUAGCAUCAGACUUGCCACAGUUUCCUUUCGAAACGAUAAUAGCAAUCUAGAGAAAUGGAUGACUGAGAAGUUAAGUGCACACAGAGAGGCUUUUAUUGAGGAAUGUAUUAAAUUCUUGAAAGAAAGUGUGGUCAACACAACUCAUGAUGCUGCAGAGGGUGUCAUCCAACAACCUCAAGCUACUAUCACGAAUAUUUGCUGGGAAUCAUGUCCUUUAUUUAUGAAGGUUCUUCAGUCUCAUUCCGGACAGCUAUUGACUAACCAACUGGUGGAUGACCUAAAUAGAGUGGAAGCAGCGUAUGAAUCAAGGACUCAAGGUUCUCUUGGAAGGGACAUUCCUACUUCCGAGGGAGGUUCUGAUGACAUUGAAGCACAGGCAAAUAUAUAUUUUCACCAGAUGUUUUCUGAACAGAUAAGCGUUGAUGCUAUGAUACAAAUGCUUGCACGCUUCAAAGAGUCUACAAACAAAAGGGAGCUAGCAAUUUUCAACUGCAUGAUCUCAAACUUGUUCGAAGAGUACAAGUUCUUCCCAAAGUAUCCAGAUACACAGCUUAAGCUAGCUGCUGUUCUUAUGGGCUCUCUCAUUAAACAUCAACUUGUGGCUCACCUGGGACUUGGAGUUGCUCUACGUAGUGUUCUUGAUGCCCUGCGUAAAUCUAUUGAUUCAAAGAUGUUUAUGUUCGGUACGACAGCGCUUGAGCAGUUUAUGGAUCGUGUAAUAGAGUGGCCGCAAUACUGCAACCAUAUAUUGCAGAUCUCACAUCUUCGUGGAACACAUGCCGAGUUAGUCUCUGCAAUUGAGCAGGCACUUGCCAAGAUAUCAUCAAGUCAAAACGAACCAAAUAUUGGCAACAUAUUUUCUGUGGAUCCGCAUGGUUCUGGUUCACCAUCUAUCGGAAACACAGAGGUUUCUGACCCAUCAUGGCAGUUCACCAAUCCGACUGCAACACAGCUUGAACGGUCACCUUCUUUUCCACUGCAACAGAGGUACCAGGGUUUUCUUGGGGAGAGGUCCAAAGGUUCUACAAACAGCGUCCAAGCUAAGAACAUUCUAUCUAUCAGUCAACCUAUUGCUUCAACACCUGGUGAUUUGUCUAUGGCUCCGAAGGCUACUGCACCACCAUCCUUACAAGCUUCUCCUCAUCAUUCUGCCACUAUUUCAGCUUCUUCACAAUCCACUAAUUUUCUGAGGCCUAGAAGUUCAGCUCCUUCAGGCACUCGAUCUCCAUACACUACAGGAUUUGGAGCUGCUUUAAAUAUUGAAACUCUUGUUGCUGCAGCAGAACGAAGAGAUACAUCAGUUGAGGCCCCUCCUUCUGAAGUUCAAGACAAGAUUUUCUUCAUGAUCAACAAUAUUUCUAAUUCUAAUUUGGAUGCUAAGGCAAGGGAAUUUAAUGAGGUUUCUCAGGAUCAGUAUUAUCCUUGGUUUGCACAAUACAUGGUCAUGAAAAGGGCAAGCAUCGAACCGAAUUUUCAUGACCUGUAUUUGAAGUUCUUCGACAAAGUUAACUCAAAAACGUUGAAUAAGGAAAUGGUGAAAGCUACAUAUGAGAACUGCAAGGCUUUGUUACAAUCAGAUCUUAUCAAAUCAAGUUCCGAAGAGCGGUCAUUGCUAAAAAAUCUGGGUAGUUGGCUAGGAAAGCUCACUAUAGGAAGGAAUCAAACAUUACGAGCGAAGGAAAUUGAUCCCAAAAUUCUUAUAGUUGAGGCAUAUGAAAGGGGGCUGAUGAUUGCAGUCAUUCCGUUCACUUCAAAGAUUCUUGAACCUUGCCAUUCAAGUAUAGCAUAUCGUCCUCCAAAUCCAUGGACAAUGGGUAUUCUUAGCCUACUUGCUGAGAUCUAUAAUCUACCUAAUCUCAAGAUGAACCUGAAGUUUGACAUUGAGGUCUUGUUUAAGAACCUCAGUGUGGACAUGAAAGAUGUAAAACCAUCUUCUCUUCUUAAAGAUCGUACUCGUCAACUUGAAGGAAAUCCAGAUUUUUCUAAUAAAGAUGUCACUGCAUCUCAAAUACCAGUCGUUGCAGAGGUUUCCUCUGGUAUGAUCCCAGCAAAAAAUGUUGCUGAAGUGCAACCAGAGUUAACUAGUACCUCACGGGCUACUAGCAUCCCAAAUAUGUUAAACCAGUAUGCACCACCUCUUCGUCUUCCUCCAAACAGCAUGGUUGAAGAUGAUAAGGUUGCUUUAAUAAUGCCCGAUCAGGUUUCACCAUCUCAAACGCCAUCUCCGUUACCUGCUCUGUUUACUCUUAGUCAGCUUAUGGCAGCAAUACCUCGCGCGGAUAUAUAUUUUAGAAUUAAUGAAAAGCUUAGUUCUCUUGGCUCACUGCAGUAUAGCAAAAUCAUGGAUGUUGCUUUGGAUAAGGCUAUUAAAGAAAUUAUAGGCCCUGUUAUUCAAAGAAGUGUUACAAUAGCUACCCGAACUACUAAGGAGCUUAUUCUUAAGGAUUUAGCAAUGGAAUCUGAUGAUAGUGCGGUAUCUCGCGCUGCACAUUUGAUGGUUGGCACGCUAGCUGGGAGUUUAGCUCAUGUAACUUCCAAGGAGCCUCUUCGUGUUGCUUUGUCGUCUCAUCUUCGAAGUCUCAUUCAGAACCUGAACAAUAACAGUGAAACCACCGAGCAGAUUGUUCAUAUUCUGAUCAAUGAUAAUCUAGAUCUUGGAUGUGCGCUAAUAGAGACUGUUGCGACACGCAAGGCUGUUGAGAUGAUCGAUGGAGAAAUCAAGCAGCCCUUUUCACAGCUAAGGAGGCAAAAGGAGUUGCUUGGUUCUGGAUAUUAUGAUGCUUUUCCUUACACUCAAGGUCUUGCACGUGUCCCGGAUGCACUUCGUCCAAAGCCUACUGGCCAUUUAUGUGCUACCCAACAACGAGUGUACGAGGACUUCAUUACUGUAUGGCACAGCCAGAGUAGUCAAAAUGCUGGAGCUACCACUUCUGCUACAGCCGUGACUGCUGCCCCGGGCAAUUCCAGUAUACCUCGACUUUAUAGCCCAAAUUUGGUACAACAAGCAGAUCUGCUUCCUGAAGAGUCAGAUCAUGGUACCACGCAACUGUUAAGUGUUUCCACACAAAUUGGUACAAGUGACACUUUUGCCCAAGCCGGUGGAACUACUAACAUUGCAUCUGUUUUCCCCCCUAUGUCAUCUAAUGAUAUUCCAGUGGGUGAACAAACAGCUGGAACUAAAGAUCUUGGCUGUACGGCGCCUCUUUCACCUACGACUGCUGUUGACCGUAUGGAAUCUGUUUUCACUGAACCCUUGAGUACUGACAGCGGAUUAGACAGAUACCAUCAAGUUGCACAGAAGCUUGAAGCCUUGAUUGCCAAUGAUGGUAAAGAUGUAGAAAUUCAGUCUGUUAUUGCAGAAGUUCCUGAUAUUUUACACAGAUGUGUUAAGCGGGAUGAAGCUGCAUUAUUGAUUGCACAAAAGGUUUUCAGAAGUUUGUAUGAAAAUGCAUCAAAGAGUACUUAUGUCACAUGGCUUCUGGCAACUUUAGCUGCAAUACGUGAUGUUUGCAAACUUAUCGUUAAAGAGAUAACAGGCUGGGUAAUUUAUUCUGAGGAAGAAAAUAAGUUUAACCUUGACAUAGUUACAGGACUAAUUCGUUCUGAGAUUCUUAAUGUUGGGGAUUAUGAUGUUCAUCUAGCAAAGAUCAUUGAUAGUGGAAGAAACAAGAAUGCAACAGAGUUCGCUAUAUCACUUGUCCAGACAUUGAUUACCCAAGAACCCAGUGGCAUUUCUGAGCUUUGUAAUGUUGUUGAUGCAUUAUCGAAGCUUGCAAUCAGGCCUGGUUCACCUGAAUCAUUGCAGCAGUUGAUUGAGAUUGCAAGGAGUAAUUUCAAGAAUGCUGCUAGCUUUGCUGCCAUGAAGGAUGAAAAGGUUAGGCAUGCAACGGAUAACAAGGUUUUAUCUGGCCGUCCUUCAAUAUAUAAAGAAGAAAAUGAUUCUGCUUUUGCAGAUGCUGUUAGUUUUCAAGACCAGGUUGCAGUUUUAUUCUCGGACUGGUGUCACAUAUGUGAUCAUCCAACUAUGGGUGAUUCAGCAUAUAGUCAUUACAUUGUGCAGUUGCAACAACAUGGCUUGCUUAAGGGAGAUGAUUUGACUGACCGCUUCUUCCAUACACUCACGGAACUUGCCAUCACACAUGCUGUUGUCUCUGAGCAAGUUAUUGCUCCUGGUGGGAUGUCUCAGCAGCCGGCCCAGCAACUCCAGAUUUCGUAUUUCUCAAUUGAUUCAUAUUCAAAGCUUGUGACUUUAAUGUUCAAGUAUGGCGUGGAUUUAGGACCAAACAAAGGCAGCCUUCUUCCGAAGAUUCUCUCCAUAACCACUAGGAUCAUUCAGAGAGACGCUGAAGAAAAGAAAGUUUCUUUCAAUCCUCGGCCAUAUUUUAGAUUAUUUAUAAAUUUGCUAAGUGAGCUUAGCACUGCUGACCUUCAUGAUGGUGCUAGUUUUCAGGUUUUGACUGCAUUUGCAAAUGCUUUCCAUGUGCUUCAACCCUUGAGAGUUCCUGCAUGGAGUUUUGCUUGGCUUGAAUUGGUAAGCCAUAGAAGCUUCAUGCCGAGGUUGUUGCUGUGCAAUUCACAAAAAGGUUGGCCAUUCUUCCAGAGGCUGCUUGGUGAUUUGUUCAAAUUUAUGGAACCAUAUCUAAGAAACGCUGAGCUGGGACAGCCUAUUCAGCUUUUAUACAAAGGAACUUUGAGAGUGCUGCUUGUUCUACUCCAUGACUUUCCUGAGUUCCUCUGUGACUACCACUUCAGUUUCUGUGAUGUGAUUCCUCCAAGCUGCAUCCAAAUGCGUAAUGUUAUUCUUAGUGCUUUUCCACGCAAUAUGAGACUUCCUGAUCCCUCUACUCCUAAUUUAAAGAUUGACCUGCUAGCUGAAAUUUCAGUAGCUCCAAGAAUCAUGUCUGAUGUGGAAGGUGCUUUGAAGGCAAAGCAAAUGAAGACCCAGGUUGACGAGUACCUCAAGAGACCAGAAGGUUCAUCCUUUUUAACUGAUUUAAAGCAGAAGUUAGUGCUGCCUCCAAAUGAAGCGAAUGUUGCUGGGACUCGUUAUAAUGUUCCCUUAAUUAAUUCACUUGUCGUCUAUGUUGGCAUCCAGGCUGUGCAACAGUUGCAGCAUAACAAGGCGAAUGCAUCAGCUUCAGCGCAGCAAAUGAACCAAAGUCCUCAGGUGGAUGUUUUUCAGAUUGAAACAGCCACUGAGGUAUUCAGAAAUCUUAUAGUGAAUAUGGAUACCGAAGGCCGUUACCUCCUCCUGAACGCGAUUGCUAACCAGCUACGCUAUCCAAACAAUCAUACUCACUACUUCUCCUUCAUCAUUUUGUACUUGUUUGCUGAGGCAACACAGGAUAUCGUACAGGAGCAGAUAACUAGAGUUCUUUUAGAGCGCCUAAUAGUUAAUCGUCCUCAUCCCUGGGGAUUACUUAUUACUUUCAUUGAGCUCAUAAAGAAUCCACGCUAUAGCUUCUGGGCUCGAUCCUUUACACGCUGUGCGCCGGAGAUUGAGAGGCUGUUUGAGUCUGUUGCAAGGUCUUGUGGAGGUAAAGCUGCGGAAGAGGGAGUUCUCGCUGAUGGUGGUCACUAAGAGAAUGUUUUAUGCGUACUGUGAGCUGUUUGUGUUACAAGUGUUGAGGACUCUUUGGGACAGUCUGUUUUGUUUUAGUUUUGCUGUAAAUUUUCGUGAGCUCUUGCUCUUGUCAUGUCGAGCACCUCAGGUUAAUCUAGCGGUACAAUGGAUGUCAGAUGAUCUAUAAUGCUGUCCUAAAGGCUGACCAUUCCCAGUGGGAUAAUUAAAGGUUUUUAUUGGAGACAUCUGUACUUGAACUUC